UGACAGAUACGAGUUCGGGCGUCGUUUCUUGAUUGGCGUUAUUUUUCAAACAAUCGCAGUGGUUUUAUCCAAAUAUCUUGUUCAAUAUAUUUAUUUUAAAAUGGAAAAUAGUGUAGACCGCAUAGAAGAUGCCGACAAUACAAACGCUACAGCCAUAACGUUUGAUAACUUGACUAUUCUAAAAGAGUUUGGAAACAUUGCCAAUCUUGUAAGGGAAACAGACUUUCUUGAGACAGUACCCAAGGCCAAGUUGCGGCGGUUAAAAUGGGUUCAAAUGUUCAACUGUUUGAAACAAGGUAUUCUGGACGACAUGGUCCACGAGUUGAAUGUGAUGUGGGAGUACGAGGACAUGCCGCAGAAACUAGAAAUACUCGACAAGCAAAAAGAGAAGUUUGCGGAAAAUGAUAAACAGAUGUGGCGUCCUCAGCUGGCUGAUGUGGGAGCACAACUGAAGGCUCAUGAAGUGGCUAAUUUACAAAAACAAAAGAAGUUACUUGAAUCUCUGGCUAAGGAAUAUGAAGUGAGAGUGAAUAGACUCAAGAAGACUGUGUCUGCCAGACGAGGAUAUUUAAAAGCUCUACAGCUGGAUAUACAAAAAUAUCAAAAAAAGAAUGAAGAUAUCAUACAGAAAAUUUCAGAGAAAUUUCAAAGCCAUAGCAGUAUUGUUGAAACAAUAGCUCCAGAGGUUGAUAUUGAGUCCGUAGACUGGUCGGAUAAAAUGAUGGAAGUAGACAGUGAGAGAGAUAGGACAUAACUAUUUCAAUAAAUUUUAUAUUUCAGAAAAUUGUACACACCUGAUAAAAAGUACAAUGAAAAUUAAGAAAUACUCUAAACUCAAUCUUGAAAUGUUAUACUUUUUAUUAAGUGUAGAUGAGAAGUGUAAUUUAAGUUGAUAAAAGUGAUAUUGUUUAGUAAGAUACACAAAAAUCUAUUUGUGGCUUAUUACCAGCUAAAAUCUAAAUUAGACAUUUAUAAUUAUGUAAACAUGGACAUAAACUGUCACCUCUGUAACUUAUACAAGUAUCAAUAAGUUAUAUUUUAAUAGCAACACAUUAUACUAAUAGUAAAUUCAACAAGUUUAUGAUUUAAUAAUCAAACAAACAGUCAAUAGUCGGAAAGAAGUGAAAACCUUACACAUAGCAGAAUUAAAAAGCAUCAAGAAUGAACUGUCUAAAUGCAAACAUGUAUCAGAAUGACUGAAAGUAAAAUAAUGUUUUAAAUAGUAAUAUUUAUUCAAUGAAAAUUAUUUGACAAUGUUAACAUAGCUAAAAAAUAAAAUUGUACAAUGCAAAAAUCUGCAUAUAAUUUUAUAUUAUGUAAUAAAUUGUAAUAUAGCAAUUGCACUAUUGUUGCGAGGACUUCGCCGCUCCUACACCCUCCACGAACUGACGAGGUAGGCCUCGUCGGGACAUCACGCCAAUAAUAUACAAACAAUUUUGAAUGACUUACUUCAUAAUGUUAAUACUGAAACAAAAGGUGACUGGGAUGAGAGCUCGAGGCAGCGGCCGCGCCGCCUCUCUACUUGAUUAUUAUAUCAUUUUCACUCCGUUAUAAAUAAAGAACAAAAAUAUA